AUGGAAGUUGAGAUUCUUGUUUGGUAUUCUGGUCAGGAAGUUAAAUCCGGACAAAAAGUUGGACGCCUUCAGCUUUUUGAGAUUACGCAUAGGAAGAAAGAUGGAUCUCCUAUGACAUCCGAAGCUGGAGAAAUUAUGGAGAAACUAAAGGAGAAGAAGGCGGAAUAUGAAGCGAUUGCUUCGAGUGAUAGUUUUGUUAAUCUUGAGAACAUUGAUAAUAGAAUUAUCACUAAAGUUUUGGGUCCUGAAAGGUACGGUCGGGUUCGAUUUCAAGGAUCUGGUGUUACCCCGACCCAAUAUUUUGGAUCCGACUCCCAGCAAUACAUGCCUUCCGGAAGUCAAGCUCAAGCUGAAGUUCAGAGGUUAAGAGACCAGAUAGCUUAGAU